AUGACUGUUAAAACAUUACGUGAUAUGUGGGGUCAUGACAAAUUUCCAAAUGACACACCUUUUGUUUUUUAUCAUGCUGGCCAACAGAUACUUCCUUCCCUUGGUUUGUUUGAUGGAUUUAAAGUUGUUCUUGAGAAUAUGGUCUCAUAUAUACAAAAGGAAGUUCCUGGCAAGACAUUCAAGUUUUGGCGUCUGCAGUCACAGCGGCAUUUUUAUGGCAGUGAGUGGAACCAAAAUGGAAGUUGCUUGUUCAGUGAGGCCCUCAACGAAAAUGAGCUUGAUUUGUGGUUUGAUCCCAGCAAAAAUGGAGUUAAUAAAGAAGCAAGACAAAUUGAUCAUGCAAUUGAACUGACAUUGCAAUGCACGGAUAUCCACUCGCUGGGUCUAACUCAUUUGAGCGAUUAUAGAGCACAUGCACACCCUUCAAUUUGGUUUGGGAACAAUCUGGGGUCAGAAUUGCAUGCAUUGGUGCCUACCUGGUGUUCCUGA